GUCGACACUCUCUUUCCCUCGCUCCUUCUUGCUCUCUCUCUCGUUCUCGCUUUCUCGCUUUCUCUCUUUCUCUCUUUCUUUCCUCCAUUCUCCUUCUCCCACCCUUCAAUUGCUACCACACCCCCCCGCGGCCGCUGUCGAACACCCCUUCCUUCCCUCGAUUCCUAUCCACACCAGUCCCCUUCGUUCUCCUGCAUCCCAGCAUACCGUAUCGUCGUAUCGUCGCAUCGUCGUAUCGUCGCAUCGCAUAGUCUAUCACAUCGCACCAGCAUGAGCUACUACAACACCAACUCGACUUCGCCAAGGCAGGGCCACUCGGCCGCCUACGCCCCCUCGACCACCUACGCCCCCACAAAGCCCCACUACACCAACUCCCCCUCCUCCGCCAAUGCCUACGUCGCCCACGCCCCCACCUACAUCGACUCGCCCUUUGAUGACGAGCCCGUCCCCCCCGCCAACAGCCACGAGAAGUCUCCCUACGACAACCCCUACAACCCCGACUACAUGCCCUCGUCCUACAAGAGCAACACCAACAGCGCCACCCUCAACAACAACUACACUCAGGAACACGCCCUCUCCCCCUCCUUCUCAGAAAAGAAGCUCGGCUCACCAGACGCCAUCGGAGGUCAGACCUAUGCAAUGCAGCAUCUCCCCAGCAACAACCAGAACAGCCACAACAGCUACAACCGCGACUCCUACUCGAACCAGCAGUACUACAAUGGCUACGACGAAGACCGUCCCUCCCUCUCGAACGACACAGCUCCCAUGCGGCCCCACAAGGACAUGGAGACCAGCGAGGGCCUCACCCGCAGCAAGAGCGGCGUGACCCGGGUCAGGUACGGCAAGGAAAAGUCAAAGUACCUCCCCUGCUUCCCCUGUAUCCGCUCGACCUGUGGUCGCGUCACCUGCUGCAUCUGCCUGUUGCUCUUCCUGGCCAUCAUCGCCUUGGCUGUUGUCGUCUUUGUUGUCUUCAAGGUGCCCAAGGUCGAAUACCUCGGCAUGCAGGGCGAGCCCCAGUUUGCCUUCAACCAGGGCAACACCACCCUCGGCGUCAACCUCGUCGCCAACAUCCAGGUCGUCAACCCCAACCCCAUUGGAUUCAAGUUUGAGGCCAUCACUGCCACGGCCUACUACCCGAACUAUGCUCCACCCAUUGGAGGAGGAAAUCUGACCCAGGUCGACUUCCCCAGUCAUUCGAACAAGACCAUCCAGUUCCCCAUCGCCGCCAGCUACCAGGGAUCUCAGGAUGCGGGCUUCACCGUCGUCAAGGACAUCCUCAGCAGAUGCGGAGUCCUCGGCUCAGCCGCGACACAGCUGACCAUCAACUACGACCUCAAGCUCACCAUCCGUAUCCUCCUCAUCUCCAUCAGUCCCACCAUCAAGAACCAGCACGUCAACCUUGCUUGUCCCCCCAACAUCGAGGACAUCCUCAAUGGUGUCCCCGGUGGGCUGACGAGUUUCCUCGGCGGUGGCAAGGGCGCAUAAAACAGCCACUUCUCUUUUUUCUUCUCGCUCUCUCUUCACCCUCACCGUCAUUGUACAAUAACCGAAAAGCGCUGGCAUUCUUUCUUUGUUCUUGCCAAUCCCAACUCUUUUGACAACACAAUGCAAUGAUUAUCCAACCAUCCACUCCAUCCCCUUCCUUGUACUGUCCAGGAAUCAGUCCUCAGGUAUAUUUUUAUCCUUUGUACAUUUUUUAUUUCUAUCAUCAUAAAUAAAAAAAAGAGAUGAUCACCCUCUACAUUGAGUAA